CACAAAACCUACGCGGUACUACAUGUUAAUAUAGUCGAUUUAAUUUGAUUUUUUUUUUGUAAUUUAAAGAACUUUAAACGAAAAACCGUACGUAAUCGUGUCAUUUUGCCACCUGCAGGUAGCGCUGAUGCUACUUUGAUCCAAUGACCCGGAAGCAAAACAGGUCCCAUCCGGGUCAUUUUAAAACGCAUGGUGGCGCCCUGUACGGAGUCAUGCGAGUCGUGAAAGACUCUGUCAGACCCAGGAAACACUUUAGAGCAGACUAAUCCGAUGGUUUGAAUAAUUGUGUCCGAUUAUGUUUUAACUUUGGAACAUAUUAUCGCCAUGUUGGCAUCAGCCUGCAGGAGGAAUAUCCGGUGGCCUCUGCUCUCUCUGACCAGGAGGCUGACCACAAGCCAGAGCGGCAGCCCGGACCAGACUCAGCCCCUGCCGGAUGAAGCUUUCACGGAGCCCGCUGAGGUGGAGGGGCAGAUCCAGAGACGCUGGAAAGACCCGGGGGACCGCUCCGUGUUCCUUUUCCCCGGCCAGGGCAGUCAGUCUGUGGGCAUGGGGAGAGGACUGUUAAAAUACCCCAACGUUAAAAAUAUGUUCUCGGUGGCCCAGAAGAUCCUGGGCUACGACCUGCUGACUCUGUGCCUGGAGGGACCCGAGGAGGAGCUGAUGAAGACGGUGCACUGUCAGCCCGCGGUGUUCGUCACCUCUCUGGCUGCGGUGGAGAGGCUCAGCUUCGAAAACCCCAAGGCUAUUGAGACGUGUGUUGCUGCCGCUGGUUUCAGUGUUGGAGAAUUUGCUGCUCUGGUCUUUUCUGGUGCCAUGGACUUUGCAGAAGCCCUGUACGUGGUGAAGGUCCGUGCUGAGGCCAUGCAGGAGGCGUCAGAGCUGGUCCCCAGCGGGAUGCUGUCUGUCGUCGGUAAACGUCAGGCGAAUUAUAACUACGCCUGUUUACAAGCUAGAGAGCACUGCAAGAGUCUGGGCAUCACGGAACCAGUGUGUUCUGUGGCCAGCUACCUGUUUCCUGACGGCAGGGUCAUCGCAGGUCACAAAGAGGCUCUGGAAUUCAUCCAGCAGAACUCCAGAAAGCUCUUCAUGAGGACAAAACUACUUCCUGUCAGCGGAGCUUUUCACACUGAGCUGAUGGCUCCGGCCGUUGAGCCCUUCAGAGAUGUUCUGAAGAAGGUGGAGGUGCGGCGUCCGGAGAUCAGCGUGCACUCAAACAUAGACGGCAAACGCUACAUGAACACCAGCCACAUGUGUCGACAGCUGGUGAAGCAGCUGGUGUCACCAGUCAAGUGGGAGCAGUCGCUGCACGAGAUCUACGAGAGGGCGCAGGGGGAGAAGUUCCCCGAGACGUACGAGGUGGGGCCUGGAAAGCAGCUGGGUGUCACACUUCAGAAGUGCAACCUGAAGGCCUUCAGAAGGUACACACAAGUGCCGGUCUUUGGCUACGAGGACUGAUCCUGUGGACUCAAACGAGCAGAGAUGGACUUGGAUCAGCUGGAGCUGCUGUCGAUCUGUGGUUUUUGUUUGUUUUUUUUUGUUAAAGGGACAGGUUGUGUUUUGUUUCUUUUUUUUUUUUUUACGUGAAAUACUUUGGGUGUACACAGCCGUACACACAGCUAAACCUCACUGAAAAUGGCUGAUACCAGCUCUAUAAUACAACACCAUGUAUGGACUUUUACCACAGGACGCGGAGGUAAGUGUUGCUCUGUUAACUGCUAACCUUACAUGCAAAGGUUAAUAGACGAGCAAGAGGUGUUUGUUUUAGCUUACAGAAGGCAGGAAAUGUUCAUCCACCGCUGCUGACAUCAGAAGGUUCCAAUGUUUAAUUUCUUUUUAAAUUUACUUCUGCAAGAUACAUUUUGCAAACACAGCUGCAUGGAACGAGCAGAUUCUGGAUUCACUUGAGCCAAAAAUGCUAAUUUCAUUCAUGGGCUUUAGUGCUUUAUUCCCAUUAAAUAUCACUGUGUGUGUAUAUGCCUGUAUAUUUAAAAUAAUUAAUAAAUAAUUUGAUGCAACAUUUUCAUAAUGUAUCCUAGACUGUCCCUUUGAGAUCUUUGUAAUUAAUUUGUAAUUAAAACUGUUUUUAAAUAAGA